GGAACUUUCCUCUGCUGCUGUGUGGGGACUAGAAGGGAACAAACCAAGUAAGAAGAAGAACAAAUAGCUCAGAGGCACAGCCUCACUUUAGCUGCACUUGAAAAUGAUGUGCCAAGUUCCAUACAGAGUCCAACAAAUCUGAUCAUAGAGGUAUCUCCCUUUGAACGUGACAGCUUUGCUUUCAAGGCAAACACAGCAGUGGUGCAGCUUAUGCCCCUGAACUACCUUCAAAGGAGCUUACUAUAAAGAGAGACCAGAAGCAGCUGAGUGGCCUGUGAAAACACCUCAUGUAUCUUGCGCUUCUGAGAAAGAAGAGCUUGCAGUGGCCCAGUGCACACAGCGCCCCGUUGAUGUUGUCUUCUUGCUGGACGGCUCUGAAAGGAUUGGGGAGCAGAACUUCCACAGGGCCCAUCGCUUUGUGGAGGACGUAGCCCGACAGCUUACAUUGGCCAACAGCAACAGUGACAACAUGAACGCCCGGGUCGCACUGCUGCAGUACGGCAGUGAGAGGGACCGGAACGUGGUCUUCCCAUUGACCUACAACCUGACGGAAAUCUCCAACGCCCUGGCACAGAUCAAGUACCUGGACUCCUCCUCCAACAUCGGGUCAGCCAUCAUACACGCCAUCAACAACAUCGUGCUCAGCCCAGGAGAUGGGCAGCGACUCACGCGGCGCAAUGCAGAGCUCUCCUUCGUCUUCAUCACUGAUGGCAUCACAGGAAGCAAGAACCUGGAAGAGGCCAUCAACUCCAUGAAGAAGCAAGACGUCAUGCCCACCGUGGUGGCUCUUGGGAGCGAUGUAGACAUGGAUGUCCUGCUGAAGCUUGGCCUUGGGGACCGGGCAGCCAUCUUCCGGGAGAAGGACUAUGACAGCCUCUCUCAGCCCAGCUUCUUCGACAGGUUCAUUAGGUGGAUAUGUUGAAUGAAGGGAUGCACGUCUCACCCUCAGCACUAUACACCCCCUGAGAUCCCGUUUUAUUUCUUCCCCCUGUAUGGUUGCUAGCAACAAUGAGUUGGCCCAGAACAGCUGCCGCUGGGUCCUCCUUUCUAGCCAAAAUCCAGAGCUCCUUUGUGAUUUUCAUGAUGAAAAGUUGUGUAUCUUACAUUUAUGGUGCUAAUUAAAGCCAAGAUCAAAGCAGGACACAGAGCCAUACGAUGUGCUUCUGUAAAGCUUUACACACACCAAGCCAUGACUUGUGUACAUACUGUAAUCCUAGGAGGGCUUAUCAGAGAAGCAAGAAACCCUUCCAGUGUGGCAGGACAAAUGGAUAUCUCUAGUUCUCAAAACCCCUCAGUAUCCCUCAGUGUCCUAUGAGGAGUUUUGUGGCUACAACAUCCCCUGUUCUUUAGCAAACCUUCUUCCACAUUAUCCCAUCUCUUUACUUCUCUUGGUACUUCUGUCCUGAGAGGAAUGAGUGAGUUUAUGACACAUUCAAAUGCUCAGCAACUUGCUUUCCUUUUGCAUGGCCCUUGAUGGCACGCUCCCCUUUCCCAGGAGCAACAGGAUGGUGAGCGGCUUUGCUGCCUUCUACAGUUGUCUGCAGAUGCUCUCUUUGGGGUUCUGCCUAUGCUAAAUGUCACAGAGGGACCAUAUCCCACUUGCUCCCUUCUUCCAUUUCGAUCUUCACCAGAACCUGUUCGUGCAUUACUGUGCCCAAACUCCUGGCUGAGAGGAGCAUUGUGCCCCCCAGCAUCUCACCAACCACUGGGAGCUGCCUCCCUGUCAUCCCAAGGUGUUCAAAGUAAUCAAGUGCCUUCUUCCCACCAGUACCUGCUGAGCAGUGCCCAGAUUUGAACUUGAAUUUUGCUGGCUGCAAAAAUAAACAAUCUCUUUUCACCC